CAAGACUCGUGAGCAGUCUCAAUCUCUAUCACUCGCUUGCACUUUUAUCUUCACUUCCGCUAGUCUCCUUCUCCACACCCCUCUUCUCCCCUUUCUCGAUUUCUCCCACAUCUCCAACACCAUGCACUCCAUUCUCCAUCUUAAUCUCUCGGUCGCUCGCCUACCUGACGCUGUUCCUUCUACCACGACCGCCACCGUUGCCUCCGCUCACCAGCUUCCUUGUCUUCUCUUGUCCCGUGCAGGCCAGAGAUUCGUACCUCUAUCAGUCAUUUCGUGUCCUCGUCGCUCCUCAUCUAUCGCCGCAAAUGGCACCUUGAUGGCCAAUUCUCCAAAAAGUGGAGUUUAUACAGUUGGUGAAUUUAUGACAAGGAAAGAGGAUUUGCAUGUAGUAAAACCAACAACAACUGUGGAUGAAGCUUUGGAAACUCUGGUGGAACACAGAAUUACAGGCUUUCCUGUAAUUGAUGAUGAUUGGAAACUGGUUGGUCUUGUGUCAGAUUAUGACUUGUUAGCAUUGGACUCUAUAUCAGGUGGUGGAAGAACUGCAAACAGCAUGUUUCCAGAGGUUGACAGCACUUGGAAAACUUUUAAUGAGGUACAAAAUUUACUCAGCAAAACCAAUGGGAAGGUUGUUGGUGACUUAAUGACCCCGGCCCCAGUUGUUGUCCGUGAAACCACUAAUCUUGAGGAUGCUGCAAGAUUGUUGCUGGAGACAAAAUAUCGUAGACUUCCAGUUGUUGAUUCCGAGGGCAAACUGGUUGGAAUUAUCACAAGAGGAAACGUUGUAAGAGCUGCCCUUCAAAUAAAGCAUGACAUUGAAGGAACAGCUUGAUAUCCAAAUGUUCUGCAACGAAAAUGAGGAGCGGAAGGCAAACUGGAUCAAUUGCUUCCAUGAACUGGUUCAACUUCAGCAGAUAAGAGGUUGGAAGAGCUUGGCUACGUACAAUUUUGGCUUAUUCUGUACCUCGUUUUUGCUGUUUAUAUUGUUAAGUUACUAGUAAUUGCCAGGAUCAAAGUGAUUAGGGACCAAUUAUUUUUGUUUAUCUCUCCAUUCUGCCACUAGUCCUCCCUCUUUAAUUAUCCCAUAUAAGGGAAGGGACAAGCAGUGGAAAAAGAAAAGAGAAAACAACUGAUGUAGAUACAUUGUUUGGAGAUAGUUUGUAAUCUUAUGGAACACAUGAUUCUAGCAAGAAUGGGUGCUUCUUAUAAUUGUCUUAGAAUUCAAA